AUGGAACAGGCUAAUGUGAGUUCAACAGUUUCAUAUUCUAAUAUAAAUAUUACAGUGCUUAUAUUGAAUGCCGGAGGAAUAGCGCUUCUAUUUUUGUUGUCUUGCAAAUGCGGGAAGUCUAUUAUGGCGGGGCUUUUAACUCUGGCCCUUUAUAUCGCCAAUUUCCAAGAAAAGUUAAUUUGCCGUCUGUCGGCAUUACCCCUGAGGGAGAAUUUUGCCACACCUGCAUUAUGGUUAUCGAUUCUAUGUCUACGCGGGAUAUUGGGACGAAAGAGUGAUUAUACCCAUCGAUACCGCCAGUUGCUUUUUGCAUCAUUCACAUGGAUGAUUUUGACGUGGCAGCUAUCUCUGCACAUUAUUGCGACACAGUUGGGUUGUUUGUUUUUCGUAAAUCUCUUUGGGAUCAUAAGUGACGCUGAUAUGAGACGCAUAAGCUCUAUGGCUCUGGGAUCGCUGGUAUUAUCAUGGUUGAUUAUGCUAUGUCCUUCGUUUCCUCUGACGUCGCACCUGAUGACCGGUGGAAUUGCCGUGCUGAUAUCGACACUGGUCAUUCCUUCAGACGAGAGAGAAUAUAAGUAUACUAUCGCGUUCCAUAAAUUGCUACUUGCAGUCGUUAUAUUUGGAUUCGCAAAUAUUGCAUUAACGCUUACCACCCGCCAUGAUGGUCAUAUUAUUGAUAUACUACUAUACAAAGUGGGCAUGUCAUAUCCAACGUUUUACUCACAAUUAUACAUGAUGGGUUCGUAUCAUCGACGUCCUAAUAAGCUUCGCAAAGAAUUCAACAGCUACUUCUUAGUGCAGCUUAUUGCUUUCGCAACAAUGGCCGUGUUGGUAUCACGCUUGAGAGUGUUAGCGCUUCCGCUAUUUUGUGUAUUCGCUGGAUAUUCCCUUCUUGUUCUGCGAAUGCCAAUAGUAAAACACUCGUCAGUUCCCCCGUCAAGCAUGCUAUAUAAGUGUUGCAGUCGUUUCCUUACCUUAUUGGUAGCCAUUAUGGCUCUGGGACCUUUUAUUUUGUCAGUCCCCAUCCAAGAAAUGCGUACGCCACCUUUUGGAGAGUUGUACAACACUGUGGAACUAAAGGAUCUCACUACUUGGGUGAAUCGUAACGUGGAACCAGGUACACCGAUUCUGUCGGAUAUGCCAACCUCGAGCGCCUUGCGUGCGGCUACCCACAGUCGUAUUGUUAUAAAUCCACAAUUCGAGUACACCCCUCUACGACGCAAAACAGAAUUUCUUUAUAUCCUGGGAGAUUGCAAUGACGCACGGUGGUUCGGUGAUAAAAUGCUUGAGUUAUAUGGUACAGAGCUGGUGAUAGUUCCACUGAAGUUUUGCACGAUACCAAACAUUGAAGAGAACAGUGAGGUACAUAAACUCUUGUCACUUAACCCUAUGGGUACUUGCGCACCAAAUACGCCGUAUUACCGUCGUUUGUGCAAUCGUUUAUGGGCUGGCGACCCAUACUAUGAGCUCUUAUUUUCUAAUGGACGUUACUUGGCAUUCCGAUACCGUCGUGAGGCCACUAUAUUAGGCGAACUGUCAUGGGAAGCGGUGCACGAGGUGGAUCACUAUAAGCCAUGGAUCGAAAAUCACGUUGUUCAAGAUAAGGAGUUGGGGCCGAGGCAAAUAGCAUUCACCGCUCGCGUCUUACGGCAUGCCUACCAGUCAAGUGUGGUAGAACCUCUUCUGUUCUUCGGUGCGGAGGUUUUUCCUGAUAAUGAACAGAUGUUGAGCCUUUGCGCCGAAAUCUUGGACUAUGAUUUAGCGUUGUAUAAAGAUGCCAAAGUAUACUACGACAAGGUGUAUAAGCUUAUGGGCUCGCGUUGUGAUACCCCUGAGGAUUUCGAAUUCUAUGGUACAUAUCUAAGCCACUUGGUGGACACCAAUAUUGGAGAGGACGCUGAAAUCUUGGACGUGAUUGAAACUAGCACCAAGUGUCUAUCGGUGCAUUACCCCCGUUCUUUCGCGGAUCUAUUAUGCCAACACGCUGUUGGCCUUUUGCGUGCUUUUACGAAGCGAUUCGACUCGAAGGUUCUAAGUAUUAAAACUGUAGCUGCGCGGUAUUUCCUCUUAUCACAGAGCCAGCAGAAGCUCCAAUCGCAAGACAGCUAUACCACAGGGUCCUUCUCAAUACAUGAAGAGCUGGCUGUAUCCAGCAAACCUCAAGAGAGUUCUCGCACCCUAGCGCUACGCUAUGGAGCCGAUGGACGGCCAGAAUUCGAUGCCGUUGCACGUCAAGGUGUGCGUGAUGGCAAAGUCGUCUAUUCGAAACCUGGAGACCAGCGUGAGAAGCACUUUAGCCAAGAAGCGUUGGCACGACCCUCAGACGAUAAUGUGAAUAAGAACCUAGAUCGUACUCGGGAGGCCCUUGACAUGGCUUUAACGCGUCGUAGACAGCAAAAUGCAGCGUCUUCGGGGGCUCGCAGCGAGCCGGAGAUAUUUCGUUACACUCCCAGCCAGCAGUCAUCACGAACAAUAAACCAACGCCUUAUUAAAAUGGUGGAGAAGGAAACAGAUCCUCUGGAACCUUCACGUUAUCGUAAUAAGAAGCUUCCUGCUGCUGCGCCAUCGCCGCCACCACCUUUACAGCAUUCACCGCCACGUAAACUGACUAAGGAGGACCAGUUGGCAUGGAAGAUCCCUCCUUGCAUUAGCAACUGGAAGAAUUCAAAGGGGUAUACAAUACCAAUAGACAAACGUGUACAGGCCGAUGGACGUAGGCUACAAGAGGUAUACGUUAAUGAGAAAUUUGCUGUAUUUGGUGAAAGCUUAUCACUUGCCGAACGCACGGCACGUGAAGAGGUCAGACUGCGUAAUGAGGCACAUCGCAUGGAAAAGCUUAAGGAAGCACAAGAGAAAGAGGAACAGCUUCGUGCACUUGCUGCCCGUGCCCGCGAAGAACGCUCUAGGUUGGAUCUUCACAGUGAACUCAAAACUGCUGAGUUUGAACGCAAACGCGAGAUUGAACGUGAAAUGCGUUUAGAACGGGCAGGAAAGAAAAUCAAAGCUGCUGCAGCACGUGAUAGGGAUAUUACAGAGCGUGUAGCACUGGGACAGCCAAUACCAAGCAAACUCUCCGAUGCCCAUGAUACAAGAUUACUGAACACGGCAGCCGGUAUCGAUUCAGGUUUCGACGCUGGUGAGGACGAGAACUACAAUGUUUAUGACAAACCAUUGUUUGCCGAUAGGAGUAUUGUUGGGAUAUAUCAACAUUCCAACGAACGCUUCCACCAGUCCCUGGGAGCUAACGAGGCGAGCCGUGUGCCCUCAUUUGCCAACGCUGCGCAGGUACAGCGUACCACACCAGUGGAAUUUGUAAAGGAGACUUCGGACCCCUUCGGUUUGGACACACUCCUGGACAAGGCCAAGAAAGAAACCUGA